AUGGUUUUGUGGAACACUGGGUAUAAAACUCCCAAAGUGGCUAUGCUGCCCUAUAAAACUGUUUGCUCCUAGGGUGAUGAUGGCGAAGAAGUGAUCAGUGUCUUUAUUUACUGUCUUAGAAUUCUACAUAUUUAUGCAGCUAAAGGUAUGAGGGCGUAUACAUUGGCAGCUGCAGAGCGCAUGAAAUUGCUGCGAAGACUUGAUGCCAAGGAACACAGAGGAAAGACUCCCCUGCUGGUGGCCGUCACUGCCAGGCAGCCAGCUAUUGUCUAUGAUUUGAUCCAGACAGGAGCAGAUGUCAAUGCUGUAGACAACAAAGGGCAGUCAGCCUUACAUCUUGCUGCAACGUACGGGUAUGCCCAAGUUCUUCAGGUUAUACUGUCACUAGGUUUCCCUCUUGAUUUAGAAAUGAAGGAUUUUGAAGGCCAUACCCCACUCCACUGUGCUGUUCUGGCCCACAACGCCCUGCUCCGGGACCAGGGGUGCCAGACAUUGAUGGAGGAGCAGCAGAAAGAUCUUCAGCACAAGAGCGAAGAGCUGGAGUCCUGUAUCCACCUCCUGGUGCAGACAGGAGCCUCCAUCUACAGCCGGGAUGUGAAAAGCAACAAGACAGUUCUUCAUUAUACAGUCCAAGAUGGGAACAUCUCCCUGCUCAGGUACUUCUUGGAGCUGAAUGCUUUCAAGUCCAAGGACUUUGUCAAUAACAAGGCACAUGGCAACACAGCUUUACAUAUGGCAGCUGCAUUGCCUCAUGACAAGAACCAGAAAGAAAUCAUCCAGUUGCUCCUUGACCAUGGGGCAGACCCAAGCAUCCGAAACUUAGACAACGAUCAGCCAAUCCACAUGGCUCCUUCUGGAAAAGCUGGGGAUCAGGUUAGGCAUUUGCUGAAGAAAGGAAAAGUUGCAUCUACAUUCAUUUCCUGUCGUCAAAAUGCCAGAUCCUAG